GAACACUUACUUCAAUCAGAUUAGACUACAGCAGAGACGGCGUAUGCUAAUCUGGACAGUUUGUUAUGUGUGAUUUCUUUCAUGCUUGAUGCCUAAACGAGGCGUGCCAACCGGGGGUUACUGUGCGCUUCCGUGUCACUUCCUUGUUCCUCUGGAAGGCGAAAACUUUCCACGGAGCGGACUCGUCCCGAGUAGUGACUUUAUUCGGUCGAGCUAGCGCUAAAUGUUGGAACCAAACAUCUAAUUCCUCACUCAUCGCUCCGAGCUGACAGAAGGUUUGAAGCUAUGGCUGACAGCCGAGAAGAGGACACACAAGAAGGAGAGCAGGAGCCCCAGGGCGCCAUGGGUGGGGAAGAUGUCAUUGAUGAUCCCAUCCUGGAGCAAGGAGCAGUGGUCCUUAGAGGGUAUGUGAUUGAACGUAUAAACACAGAGGAGCCCGGUCGACACGUCUCCUCUGAGGAUCUGGGAGGAAGGCCAAAUGAACAACAGGAUCCACAAAUUAAAGAGGUGGUGGAACAGCUGCUCAAGAUUGCAGAGGAGCUGAACAGGAACGCUGAGUUCCAACGACUGGUCAACCAGGUUCAGGGCAACUGUGCUCAGGACAUCUUCAUGAAGGUGGCCAGGAGCAUCUUUGCUGAUGGCAUCAACUGGGGUCGAGUGGUGGCUCUCUUCCAUCUGGCCUACAGACUCAUAGACAAGGCACUGACCAGCAACCAUCUAGAGAACAUCAGAAGAGUCGUCAGCUGGGUUCUCCAGGUCAUCAGAGAGCAGCUCUACACCUGGCUCGUACAGCAGGGAGGCUGGGAGGGGGUGAUCCGUGGGUUUUCUCGGUGGAGAACAGUAGCAAUAGUAGCAUCAGUUGUAUUGGUGGCAACUAUUGUUUACUACAGGAAGACACGCUGAGAGCAUCAGACCUCACAACCAGGGCUGCAGUCCCAUCUCCUGGAUUAACGCAGCUUGUUAACAAAGACAGUUUCUGGACAUUAAUUACAACCACUCCUCAAUCUCCAUCUCAUUAACCAGAGGAGAUCAAGUACUGUACUUAGAUGGGGGAAACCUCCUCUCUUCUCAGUUCCAAGAACAGCCGGCUGUCCACCAGGCAUCUCCAUCAUCCUUCACCAGCAACUAUUCGGUACCUUUCAUGGAAUUACACGAGCUGCUGCAAAACACACUCCAGCAGCCAUGUUGGAGGUUCUCAGCUCUUGUGCAGCAGAGGCUGUCAGCAGAUGAUGGUGUUUAUGAAGAUGGGAUAUAGCUGUCUUCAAACCAAAACCCACAUCGGGUCAAACUUAAAUUUCUCCAGGUCUUGGGUCUGAGCAAGAUUUGGAUUAGACCUGAGAGGACAAGAAAAGACCUGAAAGUCUGAUGAUGACGACAACAACAACAACAACAACAACAUAUGCUGCAUCCUAAGUCAGCCAAUCAGAAUUCAACAAAUUACUAAGGUGAAUGUACUGUAGCUUCAUUAUGUUAGCUUGUGCUGGAAAUUUUAAUAAUGUUGUAUUUCGGCCAAGAGGUAGCCAUGUUGGCUCUUGCUAACCUUUUUUAGACACGUGCGUCUCUGCAACAGAAAAAAUGUCAUGGUUUUCCCAACUGUUGAGAGCUGGAUAAAGUAACAAAGGCAAGUGCCAUCUUGAUGCAAACCCAUGUGAACCACUUUUAAUGGACAGGACAAUCUCAGGUUCAGGUAGAUAACAGAUAAUCACAGUUUUCCUUUUCAGAUCAGAUAAAAAAUGUCAGACAUGGGAAGACCUCUACUUAGCUGCCUCAACAGAAUUCAAAAGAGUUGCAAAGUGGAAGGAUGAGCUGGUUUAAGAGGUAUAUAAAUUCCAACUCAGAAGUUUUUGUUCAACAAUAUCCUCAGUGUUCCUCACCAUGAAAAUACAGGCAUGUCCUGGCUACUGUAACGAUACCAUGGUUUAUAUUAUGGCCACCAGUUUUAAUUAUUUCAGUUUAGUUUUCUAAGAAACCGUGGUAGCUGUAGCACAUUGAGGGGCGAAUUCACAAAAGGAUUGUGGGGCUUUUGCGGCGGCUAAACCUGCAUAAAUACGACAAAAAGAAACAAAGGGUGAACUGCACCCCUCACUGCGCUGCCAGGCAUAUAGCGUCUCGGUGCUCCGGUGCUAUUUGCAAGUAUGUAAAUGAGAUAAUAUGCAUACAUUUGGUGCAAAAUUGGUCGCUUUCUAUGCAAAUGAGCCUCAUUGAAAACCAAGGUCAAAUUCACAAACACCAGCGCUAACAGCUACACGCAGUUAGAGUGAAAUUAUUAGCGUCUUCAGAGAGUUGGUGGUAAGUGAAGUGCAUUUAUAAGACUUUCCAGUGAUCGUGGCAGCAGUGAUUGUAGCCAGGAGAAGCAAUAGCGCAUCACAGUACAUCAUAUGCACACAGAGACAGCACAAUACCUGAUAUUCACCACGAGGGAAUGAAACUGUAGAACAACAUAAAACCUGCUGCUGUGAGACGAUGGUUACGCACUGUAACAGUCCAGCAGAGAGCAGCUCUACAUGCGCCGAGAGGCGUGAGGCAGAGCACACAGUUAAUAAAUAACAAUCACUCCAUUCGGAGUGAGUCACAGGAAAACGAGACGCAUCCCACAGAUAUAAAUGAAUGACAGAGCAGGGGGAGUAUUAGAUAAUUAGAAUAGUUACAUUAUCUAAGUUCUCUUUCAAAUCAAACAUCUCUUUCCACAUGACUGUGAAUCGGACCUUGAUUGCAAAUGAUGCGCAAUUCAUGGUGCCGUCUGCGGCCGCAGUUCAUUCUUUGUGAAUUCGCCCCUGAGAGUGCGUCAUUGUUGCAGUAGACCUUUUUAACAGCAGGCAUUUUGACAUUUCAUAGCACGAAAUGCACUGGUGUCAUUAAUAACUUUAACAAUGGCUGCAUACCAGUUGCCAAAUUCAUCCAAAAUUGACCCUGAAUCUGAAAGUGAACAAAUUGAAACUGCUCAUUGUAUUAUCAGAUUGUAAUCUUAAGCUCACAACAGAAUUUAAGCUCAGUUAUUGGAUGUUCAUUACUGAAAUACUUGUUCGGAGUUAUGGUUGACAUACCUCGUUAAGUUUUUAUGUACAGUCCUGUACCUUUUGACUUUUUAUAAAAAUAUUUUCUUAACACAGUUGCUAAACUUUUGUACUGAUGAUUUCAUGUCCAUCAUUUAACAAUCCAAUGGUGUCUAUGCAGAACAUGAGUGGAUGUCCUCCCAACACACAACUCCAUAGAUGUGGUGACGGUCCUUUAGAGGGUGAAGUGCUUUAUUGCUGGUGUUGAUUCUGUGUUUAGAGAGUCAGUCUAGUAAGUAACUAUUGUGUGUGUGGUCAGCUGACCAUCACUGUACUGUGAACACACCUGAAUUGCACACUGGCUCAAGUAUCUAGCUGAAACUCGUUAGCAGAUUCAUGUUAGCAUUAACAUUGCCUGCUUGGCUAACAAAGGCAAAACCCAACUGUUUUGUGUCCUCAACAAAAUGUGAAGAUAUUUGUCAGUGGCGGCUCAUGCUGUAGUGUGGACAAGAAGACUGACGUAGGCGUAACGGUUGUGGUUGUGUAAUUCUCUGUUCCAGCAGAGUUAAGACGCUAAUUUCUGUUGCCUCGGUCUUUCCGUGAUGGCCUCCUUGUAUGUGAAUGUAUUUGAUCACAUGAUAAAUUUGACAAAGGUUUCAGUUGUCAGACACCUGUAUCAGUAUAAAAUAGUGAUUUGACUGAGGAACUUGAUGCAGUAGACUAGAUACUGCUGUUAGCCUUGGUUAGCAAGUUUAUGACCCACCAUCACAUCACUUUGUCAUACCAUCCCAGUAUCACGCCAAAGCGUGUAAUAGACCCGCCGGUCCACUAGAGGAUACUGUGUCAGUGUCACGGUUUGCCUCGCCUCGGCGUAAAAAGCACAUGCUUGUAAGAAAGUGCAGUACGGAUGGGUCUGUUACACGCUUUGGCGUGAUACUGGGUCGGUCGUUCACAGAAUCAGAAAGAUGUAAAUGGCAAGACCAUAUGCAAAAUAAUGAGAGGCAAAGACAACAGAACAAACGUUCAAACUUUAACCUGCUGAUGACAAACCUACAGUAGCUGUUUGCCAAAAUGUUCCUUUUGUUGUUUGACGACAGAAAGAGAAGGAAGAGAAUACCUUUUCUUUCUUUUCCAUUUGUCUUCCACUGUGAAUGGCAAUAUUCUAGAGAACAAUCGGAAAAUGCUAAUCUGGAUGAAAACUGUUUUUUCAAAUUCAAUUUCAAAUCAAACCCACAUCAUUUGAGCCUGAGCUGGCUCGGGCUGAGCUGGCUAACUGUGUCACGUUGGUCUACAUUUGGAGACAUACAGCAUGUAGCUCAUUGUAAAAGCUGCUGUUACUGAAUCUAGGACUCCUCACCCAACAUCAGUCUAGUUUUCUUUUUCCAGCUUGGUUGCUAUGUGCAGUAUUUCAACUUCUCUCUCUCACUCUCACACACACACACACACACACACACACACACACACACACACACACUUCAACAGAUUUUGAUGAUGAACAGAUGCUGGUAGAUUUUUUACCUGUAAAACCUCUGCAGCUAUUUACAGUUUGUCCUUUAGUUUUUAAAUUUGUAAUAAUCUCUAUUUAGAUUUUUAAGGCGAACACACGAGGAGAAGGACCAGACUUUUAGAGUACAAGAACCCGUUCUCUACAGUUCUCUGGGAAAACUGGUUUAUAGAUAAAGAAGUCAUUAUUUAAACUAAUUCUUUCUGCUUAUUGCAAUGUGUAAGGGUCAGAUGAUUUGAUGGAUGGUUUCUAUAGGAACAGACAGUCCCUGUUAGCCACACAAGCUUUUGCCAAGUAUUUUUGCUACCAAAUUGAUUGUGCACUUUUAAAAGGGAUAUCACACUAUUUUAUCUGCUCUUCUAUUUUUUUAAAUAUGACUUGAUGAUUAUUUAAUUGUUAGAAAAAUGAUCUGAUUGGACUCCAUUUCUGUGAAUAAAUUUAAAAUGUGUUAUACCA